AUGUAUGUGAAAUGGUUUGAUACAGUAAUGUUAUACUAUGUGAUUUUAGUGUAUUUAGUAAAUGUCACUUUUUGUCAUUUUCAAAUUUCCCGCCAGUUCCGUCCCCCAUACGUCCCGACGUUUUGCAGGGUGGGAACCCGGAAGACAGAUGCUGGCAUCCCGCCGGAGGACCAUUACAGGGGACACUGCAGGAGGGAGAUCGCGGGAGAGCAGGACAAGGUAAGAGAAGAACAGAUCCCGGAGCAGCAGUGCCGCAUGGUUAGCCCAAGUGUAGCUCAGGGUUACCGCUUGUGCUACACUCGGGAAUACCGCUAGGGAGAGGCUACG